AUGCCCGAAGGUGUUGAAGAAGUUCCUACUAUAGGAAUUAUUUAUCCACCCCCUGAAGUAAGGAAUAUUGUUGAUAAAACUGCAAGUUUUGUGGCAAGAAAUGGACCAGAAUUUGAGUCUCGUAUUCGUCAAAAUGAAUUGGGCAAUCCAAAAUUUAAUUUUCUUACCCAAGGUGAUCCCUACCAUGCUUACUAUGUACAUAAAGUUAAGGAUCUAAGGGAAAAAGCUGCACAAGAACCAGCUUUACCACCAAAAGAAACAAAAAGUGUAUCAACUGCCACCCAACUCAAACAGCAAGAACUUCUAAAACAAGUACAAGAAGCAAUAUUUGUUCCAAAAGAGCCACCUGAAGAGUUUGAAUUUAUAGCUGAUCCUCCAUCAAUUUCAGCUUUAGACUUAGACAUAGUAAAGCUGACAGCACUAUUUGUUGCUCGCAAUGGCCGACAAUUUUUAACUAAUUUGAUGGCAAGGGAACAACGUAAUUUCCAAUUUGACUUUUUACGCCCACAACAUUCAUUAUUCCAAUAUUUUACAAAACUUCUUGAACAGUAUACUAAGGUAUUGAUGCCUCCCAAAGAUCUGAUGAAAGUUUUAAAAGAAGAAAGUUAUAAUCGUCAAAAAAUUCUAGAGGAUGUCAAGUAUCGUUCUGAAUGGCAAAAACAUCAAGAUGCUUUACGAAGAAAAGAAGAACAGCUUAUAGAAAAAGAAAGAUUGGCCUAUGCUCAAAUUGACUGGCAUGAUUUUGUUGUUGUUGAAACUGUGGACUUUCAGUAUGGUGAGAUUGGAAAUUUCCCUCCACCAACUACUCCUGAUCAAGUUGGUGUACGCACAUUAAUGCAAGAGCGUGUGGAUAAUGGAGAAGAAACUGUUGAAAUGAGUGAUGGAGAAGACAAUAUGCAAGUUGACAGUGAUGAUGAAAUGGAAAAACGUGGCAGUAGUAGGAUGUAUGUACCAGAAAGUGAACUGAGAGUUCCUGGUGAAGAAAAAUCUAGUAGAGACAACAAUCAAGUUCAAGACAUGGAUGAAUCAUCUAGUGAUGAAGAUGGUGAUUUACCACCUGGUGUUUCCAAAACUGAUAGCCGUUCGAACCAAAUGACUCAGCCACCUGUUCCAGAAAAAGUUAUUGUCAAAAAAGGAUAUAAUCCAAAACAAAUUGUUCGAGCGCCAGUUAAAGCACCUCCAGAGGAAUAUUUAAUAUCUCCAAUUACUGGUGAGAAGAUUCCUGCUAGUAAAGUUCAAGAACAUAUGAGAAUUGGAUUGUUGGAUCCUCGUUGGGUUGAACAACGAGACAAACACAUUAGUGAUAAAAUGAACCAGGAAUCAGUAUAUGCUCCAGGAGCUGCUAUUGAGGCAAGUUUAAAACAAUUGGCUGAACGUCGUACUGAUAUAUUUGGUGUUGGCGUUGAAGAAACUGCUAUUGGUAAAAAAAUUGGAGAAGAAGAAACUAGAAAAGAUGAUAAGGCUACUUGGGAUGGUCACACUUCUAGUGUAGAAGCUGCAACUCGUGCAGCUCGAGCUAAUAUAACGUUAGAAGAUCAAAUACAUCAGAUACACAAAGUGAAAGGUUUGAUUCAUGAUGAUGAAAAAGAAAAAAUUGGACCUAAACCUGUGUCAGGUAAUGUAACUAUUUCGCAUCCACCAACUUCUCAAGCUGUUUCCGUUCAAAUGUCUAUGGCUAGUAAUAUGCAAAAUGCAAUGAUGCAGCCACAUGCUCCUAAUAUUAUGCAAUCUCAACCUAUGAUGAUGGUUCAGCAACAGCAACAAAUGAUGGUUCCACAACCUCAAGCUUAUCAAGUCAUGCAACAGCAAAUGCCUCCAAAUCCAUUUUUGGGUGCUGCUAGAGGAAUGAUGCAACCACCAUUGCCUCAGGGUCUACCUGGAAUGAAGCAUGGAAUUGAAAUAGCUGAAGAUGAACCCCUUAUGAAAAAACAAAAGACCGAAGAAUCAUUAGAGCCUGAAAUACAGUUCAUGAUGAAGUUUAAUGGUCCAGUUAUGUUUAAUGUUGCAACGCCAAUCCUUACUGAUAAACCAGAAUGGGCUCUUAAUGGACAAAUAUUAAAUGUAACAUUACCUCUGCAAGAUACAGUAGCUGUAAUUAAGACGAAAAUUCAUGAAUUAACUGGGAUGCCACCUGGCAAACAAAAGCUGCAAUGUGAUGGCUUGUUCUUCAAAGAUUCCAAUACACUAGCUUAUUAUAAUAUAGGACCCGGAUCAACUAUUCAUUUACAAUUGAAAGAACGUGGUGGCCGUAAAAAGUAAUUGUAAACCAACAUAAGAAUUUUUAGGUUUCUGUAAGCAAUAUAAAAAUUAAUAAAUUCUAUAUAUAUCAUAUAAAA